AUGAUUGCGAUGCUCUAUACAGUGAAGAACCAUUUGCGAGCAGAUUGGGGUGUGGAGCUUAGUGCUGGAACGACGUUAACGGAAGACGGUGAGUUUUUCUGGCCGGAGGAAUACAAGGAAUUGUUACCGCAAGGCUUUAAAGGCCAUGAACACAUGGGAUUGGGCUUGACAUUACAGUUGGCUACGUACGUCGAGAAAUUUAUCAACAUUGGUUGUAAUCUGAAUUGGUUUAAUAAUUCUUCUUCGUCAAAUAUGCUUCAAGAACUGAAUCAGUUCAUUUCCGCAUAUGGAAGCAUGGAGGUAAUUCGACUCGCGCCUACGCCCGUUGCACAUCUCAUCCAUUCCAAGCAAACACUUGCGCUCUUCUGUUGCAUUUUACCGUUUGCGAUGGCGGCUGAGAUUGGCUGGUGGACAGUGCCCCUCGUCGCAUUUGUAGCCUUUGCUCUUUACGGUAUCGAAGGAAUCGCUCAGUGGCACGAGGAUCCGUUUGGAAGGGACAAGAUCGAUAUAAAUAUGGACGACAUUGUGGAUGACGCCAGAAGGGAAAUUGAAGUAAUGUUGGAAGCCUGGAAAACUCAAGGGCUAAAUGGAAAAGGGCUUUUCACACCGAACUUGAGUGCACCAUUUACGCCAAGAGCGGAAUAUGGUACUCUAGGCUGA